AUGACGGAGUAUAAGCUGGUAGUGGUGGGCGAUGGAGGUGUCGGCAAGUCGGCCCUCACAAUCCAAUUAAUUCAAAAUCAUUUCGUCGAAGAGUAUGAUCCCACUAUUGAAGACAGCUAUCGGAAACAGGUUGUGAUCGAUGGCGAGACAUGUCUAUUGGAUAUUUUGGACACUGCAGGUCAAGAAGAGUACUCAGCUAUGCGCGAUCAGUACAUGCGCACAGGUAGGGUGCACACUCUUAACGUGGAUCUUCAACUGUGA